CACAUGCACACACAUACAUUCACACUCACAAAUUUAUUCGGAUCCUUGCCAUAACCCCAUGGAUGGCUUCUCCAGAGGUUGGAAGCCUUCUCCACACCGGAGCCCAGGGCAGUGGCACAGAGGGAGGGAUCGCCUCUUUCCUGCCAUGUCCAUCUUCAUCUCUUUUGAAGGAUCCUGUGAGCGCUUUCACAUCUCUCACGACGAGACUGUCAGCAUCAUAAAACAGAUGGUCAAGAACUAUUUCUGCAUGCCACAUCUGGACAACCAGCAGUGGCGCUACUUCCUGGAACUGAGUUACAGUGGCGCUGUCCUCCAGGACAGCUGGUCUCUGGCUGAUGUCGGGAUCUCCUCGGGCAGCACACUUCGCUGUGAGCUUAAGGAAGAGACCAAGGCCAUUGUGUACGUGUAUAACUCCGUGACCAGGGAGACACUGUCUCUCAUGGGGACAGAGAUUCACCUGAGCUCCCCCGUGUCCAGAGUGAGGUCUCUGGUGUCUGUGCGGUGCGGUCUGCCGGUCAGCGCCUUCAGACUGACCACUCAAAGUGGCACAAAGCUGUAUGACUGCAACACGCUAAAAGAUUAUGUCACUGAAGUGGGGUCUACUCUACGCUUAAAAGCUUGGGAUGGCUGGGGAGAGUUUCUCAAAGCCUGCUUUCGAGGACACAAGCAGACAGUGCAGCGGUACCUUUCGGAGGAAAGACCGGUGCUCAGGUUUCAACAGCGGGUGGCGCUGUACAUCGCUGCCUCUCAGGGCCAUCUGGAGUUGGCCAGCUGGCUGAUCGAGAGAGGGGAGCACGCAGAGCAAGCAGUGGGGGUCCACCCCUACAGAGAGUGGUGUCAUGAAACUGACCACCUGGAAAUCACCAAGUGCCCAAUUCACGUUGCAGCAGAGACUGGCCAGCUCCUCAUCCUGAAGCUUUUCGUCAGGAGCAGUGUCCUAACUCUGAGCUGUCGGGACCCCCUAGGUCGAGAUCCAAUACAGAUAGCCCUAAAGAAUAGGCAUAGAAAGUGUGUAGCUCACCUCGUAACCAAGUUAUGGUCAGUGAUGUCUUUCCCUGACUUUGUUAUACCUAUGAAGAUUUACAUUCAAAUUAAAAGUUGGAUACGGAGAGUACAAAGAAAAGUUAUUAAUGAAGGUGUAGGUCAUGGAUGCAUAUAUAGAACCAGGGUGGGGGACACAGUUCUUGUGGAUGGCUUCACCCUCCCGAAGAUGUCCUUUAAUGUCAGCAGGGGUAACUCCACAAGGUCGUGGGCCCCAGCGACAUCCUGCGUGUGUCCAGCUCUCACAACAGACAACAGCCCUUCCUGUCCACCUCAUCCUCCCACCAGCUCGACGUCCCAGAAUGCAUCAGUGCGGCUGCCACAGCUGCAUCCUCCUACCCCGAGCAACAGAGGAGAAAAGAAGCGCAUCAGGAAGAAGGGAGCCACAAGAAAAGGGUCAAAGGAAAUCCUAGAUCCUGCAAAUAGCAAUCAGAGCGGGAACACAUGGAAGAGCAGGGUCCCACUGCCCCCUGUUUCCAGAGACGUCAGCCCGCGGCCACUGUUUGUCUACACUUCCCCCGACUCUGCGCAACUCCUCUCUGCACCACUGGAGUCCUUCUCUCAGCACUGUGGGCGCACUACAAGGGAAAAUGCUAUUUAUUGUUUAGCCCUUGCUAGUGCCUUUACAGAAAAGCCAUGGCUUCAGCAGUUGAGUGUGGCUCGCAGCCUGGCCAGGAGAAGCAUGCACAAAGUCUUGUAACAACAACAUCAAACAUGCACAGUGCUCCAUUCACUGAGCACUGCUGAUGAAACAAUGGACCAUGAUGAUGACUCAUCGAGUUGAAAGCUAAUUUUGAUGUUGCGGAAGCUGACAGAAGAAAGGGCAGGUCAAGCCAUUGUACAAGAUAUACAGGUGUAUUGAGCACAUGCAUUUGUCUAAUGUGAUCAAUGUGUUUUCCAUUAGGACAUGCAGUGUUCUGUUCAGAAACUAUGUGGUUUUGGUUGCCCUAUGCAAUGA